AUGAAUGAUGUUUUGCGACCUAUCGAUAUUUUGAGCAUUAUCUUUGGAUUGCGUUUUUUGAGAUUUUCUCGAGGUCGUACCAGACCAAUACUUAAUUUCUUUUAUUCGAUGUUACUUUGCUGUCUAUAUUUUAUAUCUCGUUUUUAUUGCUCAGACAACAGAAUAAUUGAUGUACACGAAACUAUAUUUCAUAUUACAUCUACCGUACAUUUUAUAGUGAUAAUUGCGAUACUUAUAAUAGGAUUAUGUCGAAGAGAGAUCGUAGGGCAAAUUUUAAAAGAUUGGCCGUUUAUAAAGUCGUUAAAAAUAUGUUCCUUCAUAUUUUUACAUAUGUAUAGUUUCAUGAUUGAAUUUUUACUGGUGAUCGAAUUCCUUACCAUUGUGAGGUGCAUCAAAUCGGAAUUUCAACGAGCGAACGAACUUCUUGCCGAUGUCAGUGUUCUACCUAUUUCUUCUAUUGCUUCGGAAUUAUUUAAACAUAGAGAAGCUGAUGGUUCUUUUUCUAUAGAACGAGCUCUCCCUGUCGAUUCGAAAAAAUUAUUUAUCGUUGCACCAUCAUUAAGGCAAAGGCAGUCGCAAUUACAAAUUUCGAGUCACAAAAUAAAUAGAAGUAGGAUGUUGUUACGAACAAUCAGACAGAUUCAUCUGGAAUUAUACAGAGUAUCCAACAAUCUUAGUAAUAUGUAUGGCAUACAGAUAUCCCUAGAAAUGGCAAUGUGUGUUAUGCUCAACACAUAUGUGCUAUAUAAUUUUUAUGUGAAGUACAAGGAAGAAAUAAGUAACACUCACGAAUUGAUUUUUCAAUUCAUUAGAGCGCUUUUGUUGUUUUUACAACAUUCGACUAAGAUUUUUUUCGUUAAUUAUAUUUGUGACAUAACAACAAAAGAGGCUGAUCGAACCAACGAAAUUAUUCACACAUUUUAUGGGCAAAAUACGGAUUUCGAAAUACACGAGGAGGUAGAAGUAUUUUCUUUGCAAAUGAUGCGACAUCAUAACGCUUAUACCGCAUUCGGUUUAUAUAAUCUUAAUUGCAAACACAUUUGUUCGUGCAUUGCCAUUAUAACGACAUACAUGGUUAUCAUGAUACAAGUAACCGAUUCAUGGGUUUCAUCGAACGAUCGCAUCAAAGAAAAAGACAGUUCCCACUUAUCUGAAUGUAAAUGUAGGUCGAAAUAUUAUACAAAAACAAGCGAUGAUAGUCAAUUUACAUGGAGAAAGUUUCCUCAUAUUUUCCUAAUAGUCAGAGGUAUAAACCUACUGGUCACGAUGAAUAAGGGUAGAGCGAUAUUAGGCUAG